CACCUUGUUCAUUUUCACGAGAAAAAAGGGUCGGAAAAUCACAGCGACACUCUGCGAUUCGUGACAAUGGCAACGAUCAAGGUCAUCAAGGCUCGCCAGAUCUUCGACAGCCGUGGGAAUCCAACCGUCGAAGUUGAUGUUACUCUUAGCGAUGGAAUCUUCGCCAGAGCCGCUGUGCCUAGCGGUGCUUCAACAGGUGUCUAUGAAGCUCUGGAAUUGAGGGAUGGAGGAUCAGACUACCUCGGGAAAGGUGUUCUCAAGGCUGUGGAGAAUGUGAAUAAAAUUAUAGCACCUGCUUUGGUUGGCAAGGACCCAACCAAGCAGACUGAACUUGACAACUUUAUGGUACAGCAGCUUGAUGGAACUGUUAAUGAAUGGGGGUGGUGCAAGCAGAAGCUUGGAGCCAAUGCUAUAUUGGCAGUGUCACUUGCUGUCUGUAAGGCCGGUGCUGCAGUGAAGAAAAUUCCACUGUACAAGCACAUCGCCAAUCUGGCUGGUAACAAGAAUUUGGUACUGCCUGUGCCUUCAUUCAAUGUUAUCAAUGGAGGCUCACAUGCAGGAAAUAAGCUAGCAAUGCAGGAGUUUAUGAUUCUCCCU